UCAUCUGGACUUAUCACUGCCUGUGGGUCAGUUGGUUUGCAAGAGGAUGCUGCGGAGGAGCUGUAAUUAGCAGUCGAGGUCUUCACACGCGCCGUAGAAAAGUGUCCUUAUCCAAUUCGUGCCACGUGAGUCUAGUUGGGGGAGUUCGCAUGCUUGGCUACAGCAUUGAGCCGUCUCAUUCGCCGACGGUUUCUACAUAAGGGAAGUGCACAUGCUGACUGAUUAGAGUUCUCUCACUUACAGCUUCGUCGAGAAUUGCAUCUCUAUUGGAGUAGCCUGUUGUUUGUUUCGGGAGGUCGAUUCUUGGGUAUUCGUUGCAGAUUUGGAGUGCAAGAGGUUCGCGUCUCGGCUUGAGAUCCAGAGAAUUUUGGAAGGCAAUCGGAAAGGUUUGUUGCUUUAAGGUAUUCAUGGCUUUGAUAAUGCAAGCGUUCGGGUGCUCGUCAACCUUCACUAGUGGAGCGCCAUUGGUAGGAGUGCGAAGAUCGCCUUCCGUGUGCAAGCGAGCUGGAACUUUGUCUCCACGAAGCUCUCUUGUUUUGCCGGGUGGGGACGAGUGCUACUUGUCACGAGUGGACUACGAAGACGUUUCCAAUCAGUGGCUUUCAGCAGAUUUCUUAGACCUGCGGUUGCGAUCUUCAGGGUUGAUUUGCAAUGAGGCCGUUCAAGCUCUUCAAAAGCAUUUCCAAAAGAAGGGCGUGAAGCAACCCGGUGUUCACGAAGCGAGCGUCGCAUCAAGCAAUACCAAUCAGCAAAUUCUGGCCUCGUCGUCGGCAUGCCAAGUGAAGGCUCCUGCUAUACCCCGGGUGGUUGUAUUCGACGAAGCUCUUUUCGCUCAACUGUACAACCCCAGCACCAUAUACACCACGACGUGCAGCAUUUUGGACGAAACAUUCUGUUGAUCGACACCAGCGAGUUCGACGCACCUCGAGGCGCAGCCCUAACCUGCACCGUUGACAACAAUGGGUGCAGGGAAGCUGUUAUGACCUCGACGUGGCUUGAUCACGCACUCUGUACAAAUGAAAAAUUGUGCUGCCAUGCCUCUACAUUGCGAGGUUGUAACAUAUGUUUAUAGAGGUCAGAUCUUCCUGUAUAAAACUGUCGUGCUUAUCAACUGCAUUUUCUCAACCUGCUUGCUGCAUGUGGACUAUCAGUGACGGAAACGGAAGGCUACUGACGAUCAUAGCUAUUAGAGUUUUAGGUUCAACAGGCUUGGCGUCGGUUCGAGGCAUACCUUUGUGCUCGUUUCACUGGGAUGGGCACUUUAACUGCAAGGCUAGAGACUAUUUAGGGUUUUACUUUAACCUUUUCCCCCUCCAUGUAGCAACACAGAUGAGCAUUUCGUCAAUAAGAAUGCAUUUCUAAGCACCUUUUGAAGGAUUUGCUGCAACACCUUUAA